CCAGGACUUAAGUUAGUCGAUCACACUCAAAUGUUCAAAGCAGCUCAUACCCGAGGAAUGAGCCUACACCAUCCACUUUUUAAUACAUAGCCCAACCAAUAUCACACCACAAACACCGUCAAGAUGCAGGGCUUCAACAUGGGCCGGUACAUCCCGCCCGACCAAGAAGGUCUGACGACUGCCAACAAGCUCCACAACAAACACCCACUCGGCUCGCGCGCGCGGCACCUCCAAUCCAAAGGCGCAUUAAUUGUGCGCUUCGAGAUGCCCUUCGCGGUAUGGUGCACGACCUGUUCGCCGGAGAACAUAAUUGGGCAGGGGGUGCGGUUUAACGCAGAAAAGAAGAAAGUGGGUAAUUACUACUCGACGCCGGUCUACAGUUUUCGCAUGAAGCAUACGCUUUGCGGCGGCUGGAUUGAGAUUCGGACGGACCCGAAGAACACGGCAUACGUUGUUACUGAGGGUGGGAGGAGGAGAGACACCGGACAAGCGGAUGGGACAGACUUGAUAGGAGGUGGAGAGAUCUUGCUCGGUGGGAGAAGUGCUGCAGGGGCGGCGGCUGGAGAUGAUCCGUUUGCAAGACUAGAGGGGAAGGUCGAAGAUAAGCGGAUCGUUGAUGAAACGCGGAAUCGGAUACUGGAGUUGCAGCAGAAACAGGAUCGGGAUUGGGAUGAUCCAUAUGAGGUGUCGAAGAGGUUGCGCAGGGGGUUUCGGGCUGAGAGAAAGGUGCUGGAGAAGAAGGAGGGCAUCAAAGAGGCGCUGAAAGAUAAGAUGAGUUUGGGCAUUGAAAUUGUGGAUGAGGCCGAGGAGGAUGCGGUAAGGGCCGGGAUGGUUGAGUUUGAGGAUGGUGCUUCUAGUGCUUGUUUAAGUACGCGCGCGAAACCGAUGUUUGAGGCUGCUAUGUCUCGACUGAGUGACGCUGAUAAGAAGAAAGGUAAAGGCAGCAGUGGGAAGCGGAAAACGGCGGAUUUGGUUGCGGAGCGCAAGGCUUCGUUUCGUAGCGAGUUAGCUGGGAAUACGCGGGCCGCUGUCGACCCAUUUCUAAACGGUACCGGGGAUAGUGCAUAUGUCUGGGAGCCCGAAGUUAAGAAGAGGAAAACGCCAGGGAAGGCGGACGGAAAGAAGGCAGAGGAGGGCGCAAACGGUGGUGGCUCUGAUACUCAGGCUAAGAGUGCUAGGAAUGGUGUAGUGGAGGGUCAGGAGGAAGUGCCAAGGACAAAGCAAGGCGCAUCUCAGGCUGUGGCUUUGGUUGAUUAUGGCUCGGAUUCAGAGUGA